AUGGCGUUUGAAGCUAGGCGAAGGGCUGCCGCUGCUGUGGUUGUUGCAGUGGCGGCUUGGUUUUUCAUGUGGUUUAGGAGGAGAGUUGAAGAUUCGCGCUCAGUCACCUAUGAUUUACAAUCACCUGAGAAAGUGGAGGCAAAGGACCAUUCUGCUGAUGCUAAGUUCUUGAACACACCAAUAGAGAAUUAUGUUCAGAUGGAGGCCAUCUUUGGUGGUAACCAGGCAACAGGUAGGCAUGCAAUGGGCUCAAAUGAGCCUCUGGGUACUCCAAUCGACAUUGGCCAAAGUGAUAUUGAUACCGUUGAGGACAACACCGACUUAGGUGGAGCAGAUUUGAGUGCGGAAAGGGAACUCCUUCUGGGGCAAAUGGCUUGGUAUGUUGUGUACCGUGGAAGAGUAUCUGGGGUAUAUUCAACCUGGGCUAGAUGCAAUGCCCAGGUAACUGGUUUUAAAAACAACAGCUACAAGAGCUUUCCUAACAAAGAAGAGGCAGAAGCAUCAUAUUUAGAGUUCAUUGGUUGUGAAAAUGAUAAAGUUUUUGUCAAUCCUCCACCAAAGCUGGUGAUAAUCGAACCAAACUCAUACAUGGGUACUCAGACCCGGGACAAUGCAGCCAACCAAACAAGAACUGGAAUCAUUAAUUCAUACACUGAAACGGUGCAAAUGGGAAACCAAACACGACGCUGCUCAUUCGGCCUGUACUCAGUUACAACUAAACACACCCACUUACGUACUUCCAUCGUGUCUGAAAAGAGCCUGCACCCUCCAUCCCGGAUCACCGAUGCUCGAGCAACCAAUCACGCUCAUAUACUCCGGCUCGCCCACCCGCCGGCCUGCGGAACGGCCCCCGUGAACCAACCAGCCGUCCCCACUCGGCCACUCCCGUCCCACCUCCCAACCCAGACCCAGACCCAGACCCAGGCACCGACGCCCGCGACCGCGACCGUCUUGAACGCUUUUCGGGCCUUGGCAAUCGACAGAUCCAUCAAUCAGCACCCGGCCACCCGAUCGGGUCAAGCCAGAGUCCCAGGAAGCGGAGCGCGGCGGCGCCCACCUGGCCCCAACCCCAAGAUGGGGGACGUUGCGAAGGACUUGACGGCUGGGACCGCGGGAGGGGUUGCCAACCUCGUCGUCGGGCACCCGUUCGAUACCAUCAAGGUCAAGCUCCAGAGCCAGCCUACCCCUGCUCCUGGACAGCUCCCCAAGUACGCUGGCGCCAUCGAUGCUGUGAAACAGACGGUCGCGGCUGAAGGCCCAAGGGGCUUGUACAAGGGGAUGGGGGCGCCUUUGGCCACUGUUGCGGCCUUCAAUGCUGUCUUGUUCAGUGUGAGGGGGCAGAUGGAGGCCCUUCUGAGGUCAGAGCCUGGUGUGCCACUGACUGUGAAGCAGCAGGUUGUUGCCGGCGCUGGUGCUGGAAUCGCAGUUUCCUUCUUGGCGUGUCCAACAGAACUGAUCAAGUGCAGGUUGCAAGCCCAGAGUUCCUUAGCCGAGGCAGCUGCCGCUUCCGGUGUGGCUCUUCCCAAAGGGCCGAUCGAUGUGGCAAAGCAUGUCGUCCGGGACGCCGGCGCCAAAGGUCUCUUCAAGGGCCUGGUCCCGACCAUGGGGCGGGAGGUCCCUGGCAAUGCAGUAAUGUUCGGCGUGUACGAAGCCACGAAGCAGUACCUGGCGGGCGGCCCGGACACGUCGAACCUCGGCAGGGGCUCCCAGAUCCUAGCGGGUGGCCUCGCCGGUGCCGCCUUCUGGCUGUCCGUGUACCCGACGGACAUGUUGAAGAGCGUGAUCCAGGUGGACGAUUACAAGAAGCCCAGGUACUCUGGGUCCCUCGACGCGCUGAGGAAGAUCGUGGCGGCCGAUGGGGUGAAGGGCCUGUACAAGGGGUUCGGACCCGCCUUGGCGCGCAGUGUUCCGGCCAGUGCCGCCACGUUCGUGGCCUACGAGAUCACGAGAUCGGCGCUAGGUUGA